UGCCCACACGUCAAUAUUUUUAGUUUGCAUAGCUCAGUAAAAUAAAGUAAUUAAAUUUUUUUUGUUGAUAAAAUAUCAAAAUAUGUACUGAAAUAUAAAAAAGGAAAAAAACGGUGUCGUAAAUGACUCUAGUAAUCUUUUGAAGUGAUACGAUAAUUUUAGUUUCAACAAUAAUUAUGGCUAAGAUAAACCAUGAAUUAGAAACUGAAAAAUUGAAUCCUAAUCAUAAAGUAUACAAUCCAUUGUCAAUUAGUAUUGAAGAAAUACAACAACAGUCAUCGGAACAAAAGCCUUUGGGAUUACGUGGAAAUGCAGUUUUUAGACAGUUUCUCAUGGUUUUCAUAGCCAAUCUAUGCAUUUUAGCACCUGCCGCAGGCUUGGGCUAUCCAUCAGUAACUCUUAUACAACUAACCGAUCCCAAAGAGCCAUUUUAUCUAAAUCCAAGUGAAGCUUCUUGGUUUGCAUCAAUCAAUGCAAUUGCCUGUCCUGUGGGUGGUAUUCUCAAUGCCUACCUUCUCGAUAAACUAGGUCGAAAGCCUACCCUUUUCGUCAUAAACAUAACUUCUAUUCUGUCAUGGGGUUUAAUGGGCAGCUCUUACUACACAAAUUGGCACCUAAAAUUUGCUCAGAUGAUAGUUGCAAGGUUUAUAAUUGGUAUAGCUUCGGGGUUAUCAAGUUCAGCGGUAAGUGUUUACUCCGCAGAGAUAUGUCAUCCGAACUUUCGUGGACGUCUCACACUCGGCUCAUCGGCUGCAACUGCAACUGGUAUCUUUGCCAUGUUCACUCUUGGACACUUUAUAAGGGGUGACUGGAGGUUAUUGGCUCAAAUAGCAUGUGGCUAUUCGGUCUUUACAUUGAUACUGACGUUCUUGAUACCAGAAUCACCAACAUGGUUAAUUGUCAAAGAUCGUUUAGAGGAAUCAAGAAAGUCCCUUCGAUUCUUCAGAGGUCUAAGGAGUAAAAAUGCCCCCUAUUCCACCGAAUUCGAACACGAGUUCAGUGUUCUUCAAAAGUCACUCGCCCUAGCCGACGGCGAACACACACCCCAUUUCUGGGAAGCUAUCCGAGCACCAGAAGUUUACAAACCUCUCCUCAUAAUGAUUGGAUUCUUUGCGUGUCAACAAUUUUCCGGAAUCUUUGUUGUUGUCGUCUAUGCCGUCCAAAUAUCCAUUGAAGCUGGCGUCACCAUUGACCCGAUCCUUUGCGCCAUGCUAGUUGCAUUUAUCCGAGUCCCGACCACCUUUGCAGUUGGCCUAGUUUUGGAUCGUUGGGGACGACGUCCACCGGCAAUGUUCUCUGGCCUUGGCAUGGGCAUUUGUAUGUUCAUUUUGGCGGCAUCCGUAUGGUUCCCGAUAAUCGGAACGGUGCCGCAUUUGCCAGUGAUAUGCAUUUGCAUGUACAUUGUUACCAGCACUCUCGGCCUGAUGACAUUGCCUUUCUCGAUGAUUGGUGAAGUGUUUCCUCAGAGGAUGAGAGGCACAGCAGCAGGGAUAACAAUAAGUUGCAACUAUACGUUGUCGUUUUUGUGUGUGAAGCUGUUUCCGAAUAUGGUUAGUUCGAUGGGGAAGGCAAAUGUGUUUGCGUUUUAUGGGACAGCUGCAUUUCUAGCUAUCGUGUAUAUUUAUAUGUUUUUGCCGGAAACAAAGGGAAAGACUUUGUUUGAGAUAUCAGAAGAGUUCAAAGGAUCAUCAAGUAAAAAGAAAAUUCCUUUGAUGGUGGAUAUUGAAAUGAAAGAGGAAAAACAGCGUGGGUAUUGAGAAAUUAUACAUAAGCGUACGAAGCUCGUAGAAAUUUUAGAUGUCAUUGUUAAAUUUAAAUUAAAUAAAAAAAAAUCUGUGAUAAAUGUUUGUAUUAACUUUGCUUAUUAUAUUUAAUAAGAAGUUCUGAACUUGAAUAAAAUAAAAAAAUU